CUCACACACGCCUGAACGAAAGAACACCAGUGUAUUAUGACCUAGGUUUGGUGUUUUUUUUUACUGCUUUUAUAACCAAAAAAAGCCAUGAAGACAAGCUCGGCAUGCGUCCUAGUUUUCAUUCAACUCUGUGAAGCCUGUGCAGAGUUGAUCUUUAGGCAUCUGAAGCAAAGCCAGACUCUGGAGCUCUCCUGCUCCCCUCAGCAGGAGCUCGGCAGCCUGACGGGCCUCACCCUGUACCACCGCAGCGCCCAGAGCCAGACGACCCUGCUAUCCAUGGCUGAGGGUGACCAUCUCCGGGUCAACACGGCGCACAGGGGACGUCUGCAACUGAGUGGAAGACUGGACUCCCUGCAGGUCAAUGUGACCAUAUCCCACUUAGAGCUCAGUGACACGGGGCUGUACAUGUGGGAUCUGAGCUACAGAAAGGAGAACAAGUCCGACCUCAUCCUCAGCACUCAGAAGGUCUUCUUGUUGGUUGAAGGAGCAGGGAGGCCAUGCCACUGCUCUCCCAGUUACCCUCCACUGAUCUGGACCAUCUUUGCAGCAGCAGGACUUCUUCUGCUCACAAUCAGCUGGUUGGCCAUAAAGAAAUGUGUGAGGCAUCAUGACAGACCACAGCCUCCUGCUCCUAUCUAUGAGGAAAUGACCAGGAAGCAGCAGAGUGACAUGAUCCCCAGAAAUAACCACGAGACCCCCUCACACCUGGAGGAAGUCGACUUCCCGGUGUACGCCAACCCCAGCUUCCGACAACCACAAGACAACUACUACGCCUGUCCCAGACAGCUUGCCUCCAGAAGGUGACGUGACUUCUGGCAUCGAACUAAUGGUGCAGCUAUGAUGCAGGAAAUGACUCCGGCUCUGCUGCAAAAAUAUGAAACGAGAGCUGCAGAACGACACACAAGCUGCUCUGAAGGAGACUCCUCAUCUGGGAAACAAGACCGAUAAUCUGCUGGAGCAAAGACACAAACACCAAAAGGCACAUCUGUAUCGGCCAAGAAAAAAAAAAAAAAAGCUAUUUUAUUAAUAUUUGAAAGAAGCUCCAUAGUUCAUGAAAACAUUGUUUCGGUGCAUGUCAAUCACAUUCUAUGAGGAGAAAGAUAUACAGAGAGAAAAAAUAAAACAUUACAAGCCACUGACUUAUUAAAUCUCAGUACAGACACUUACUUAAUAUUUCAAAAAAGGCAAAAAAAAAAAAAAGAGGCAGCCCUAAUCCCACACCCCCAGCCCACCCUCCAAAAAACAUAUCAACUGAGAGAGAGAGAGAGAGAAAAGAAACCCUUGAGGGUGACAGGCUAGAAUCCCACAGUGCUAAAGAGUGAGAUGCUCAUUGGUUUUAGGUAUACACAGCAUGGCGAUGUAGCGCUAGGUCAAUCUGAACCAGGGGAAAGAAGCUGGAGGUGGAGGGCUCAACAUCAGUCGCCUCUCCACCUCCCUCCACCCCCUUAAAAAACAAAAAAAUAAAAAGACAUUAAAAACCCCAAAACCCCUGCAAUAGACCAGCCACUCAAGAAGUAGGCCAUAAAAUCCCCAUCUUACCGCCCCCCCACAACACUUGUGCAUAGUUUCAUGAUCCUUUACAACCAGCUCGUUUUACAAACAUCCUCAAAAAUGUGAAAAAAUGUUCCACAAAGGUCUGAUUUAUUUAUUAAUAAUACCCGCUGUGGGAGAAUGAGAGAGAAAGAGGAAAGAGUAAUGCACAAUGUUUCUGAUUCAGUCAGGACGGGACCUCAUUAGGAAAACAAUAAAGAUUCAAACAUACAGCAUUUUGCAUGUUAUUUACCGCUUUUUUUUAAACAAUCAAAAUCAUUGACUUUUUAAUGUAAAGCAAUUUUAAUAUAUAGAUUUAUAUAUAAAGCACUCCAUUCUCAUUUAAAGUCCAUAUUUGGUUAUUAUGUAACUGCUACGGAUUUAGAAACAAAGGUAUUUUCUCUUCUUCUGAAAUCCAUAACUUUCAGUGCUUAGAAUUCUUUCUUGUAAAUCAUCCUUGUUUUUUUUUUUAACUCAUCAUAAAAAUGUACAUUAAAAUGGUGUGGAGUUGGUACUCUGGAACCCUGGCCUUCCUGAGACAAGAUCCACUUUUUUGUGUGUGUGCAAGAUAGUGAGCAAUUACGUCUUUUUUCUUUUCUUUUUUUUAUACAAAGGAGAAAUAUAUAUAUGUAUAUAAUCAACAUAAAACAUACAGGCUUCUGAUAGUCCAUGAAAUCAACAUUAACACAGAACAAAGAAGGUCAAACAGAACAAGACAACACUGUUCAAUCCCAGAGUUCUGAAAGUAGCACAAUAAAUCUUCAUUCUGUGAAGUGUUGCUUUUUUUUUUUUAAAUGGAAGCAUGUAUCCUUUUUUCCUUUUCCCAACAUUCCCAUGGUUUAUUUCCUCUGUGUUGCUGAUCUUUUGUUGAACUCCAGAAAAGAAAAAGUGAUUGUAAACUGUCAGUGGCCUUGCAGGAAAACAAAUGACAACAUAAGUGAACUGAACAUAAGUGAAAACAGAGCGAAAGCUAACAAACCAAAAAGGUAGGCACCUCUGAAGUGAGCCCAAGAAGCCGAGGCUCGGUCUGAUGUCUUGUCCUUCACGCUCCCCGUUGCUCAGAUGUGGGUGAGCUGAAGUCCUUCUACUUCAGUCUAUGGCCACAGCU